AUGCCGAGCAGCAGCGAAACCAACAACACGGCAGAGUACACCGCGCUGCUGCUCGGCGCCCGGGCGGCCGCCGACCAUGGAGCGACGCACCUACGAGUGGAAGGUGACAGCGCCCUCGUCAUCCAACAGGUGCGCGGCAUCUUCGCCACUCGCAGCAGCCGGCUCAGAGCGUUGCGCAAGGCAGUCAAGACAGAGCUGGCGAGACUGAGGAGCUUCUCGCUCCACCAUAUUGAUCGCCAGGACAACAGCCACGCCGACCGCCUCGCCAACGCCGCCCUCGACCGCCGUCGUACCAAGCUUGAGUGUGGCGUCCAUGCUGACGGCUGCGGAUGCACCUGUACCACGGUAGAUGCCGCGACACCUACGGCACCCACAGCACCUGCGGCUCCAGCUCCACCCCCUCCGCCGACGACAGACACUGGACACCACGGCGCAGACGUCCAAGGCGACAUCGACGAUGGCGAGGUGUACGCCCCCAUACACGUCGGACCUGACGCAGUUCCACAACGCAGGCCGCGCCUCCGCUUGCGGCAGCUCACAGAGGACGAACAGGAAGCUGCUGGUGCCAUGGUUGAGAGACUUGCGGCAACGCUCGCGUCCAAGAUCGCUGAUGCGAGCGACUGGGAGACGGCGGAGGGCUACAUCACAGCCCUCCCAUACACAUUGUACGAACGGCUUCAGCCGUUCUCCCAGACGCGGCGUCACCGCCAACCCGGACCCCAGCACCAACAACAGACGGACCGACAACAGCAGCCCCGCACCAACCGACGUCGACGCCAGCGUCGCUCCCAGCAGCACCAGCGCAACCGACCACCUCGCGUGACCCGCCACCACCGGGAGCACCGCCUCGACGAAGCCCUGGACGACCUUCAUGCUGUGGAGAGGGCCUCACCCGGCGACCGCACUGCUGUCCGUCGAGCCCGUCGACGCGUGGGCCGCGUCAAUUCGGCCAUCUCCCAGCAACAUCUGCGCAACCGCUUCGACAAGGACGAGAAGGCCUGCGUCGAUGACAUUCUGGCCAAGGCGCCCGAGCAGCGUGCGGCAGCGGUGACGGCUGGCCGAGGCAGCGACGCAGCACCACGACCAGCACCGCCAGUGGCUGCGGACGUAGACGACGGCACCUGCCCCAUCCCGGGCGCGGACCUCUGGCGGUUCUUCGACGGUGUCAACACACCACGCCAGGAGUUCGCUCCGGAUGCAACGGUGGGAGCCACUUUCCGCUCGGCUAUGGCGCGACUGCCGACUGCAUCGAAGUCCCGGGAGCUGCUCACGGAGGCACCAACGCUGGACGACAUCGAGACACAGCUCCACCACGUCCGUGGCGCCUCCAGCCCCGGCCUCGACGGCGUGGGAUACGACGUGUACCAGCGCUUCGCAGCACAACUGCUACCGGUGCUGGCUGCAGCCUUCCAGAAGUGCUGGGAGUCCAAACAGGUACCCCAGAGCUGGAAGCUCGGGGUAGUACGCCUCCUCCACAAGAAGGGCCCGCGUGAAGACCCAGUGAACUGGAGGCCCAUAUGCCUCCAGCAAUCAAUCUACAAGCUCUACACUGGAGUCCUCGCGCGGCGGCUGGUGCGAUGGCUAGACCUCAACGGCCGUCACGCGCCCGGACAAAAAGGCUUCCGCUCGGUCAACGGCUGCGGGGAGCACAACUUCCUCGCGGCCACGCUCGUCGACCAGGCCCGCCAAGCGCCGCACCCUCUUUGA